AUGGCUUAUCUUCUCGACUAUAUGAAGUCACCGAGACUGUGCAGCAGCUGCAGCUUCCGUAAGCUAAAAGCUAGCAGCCCAAGAUCUUUUAGUGCACUAGAGAGUGACUAUCUUCAACACAGCAGUGUUCCAACCAUGUUUUUCCAGGAUCAGCUACCUCCUCUACCAAUACCAACUCUUGAUGAAUCCUGCAGACGUUUUUUAGAUGCACUGUCGCCUUUCGUAUCAAAGGAAGAAAUGAAAACUGCAAAACGUUUAGUUUCAGAAUUUGCCGCAGGAGUUGGAAAAGAGCUACAACAAAAGCUGGAGUCCUUACCUCCCACUUUUGCGCAAGACUAUUGUAUAAGAGGGGGACUUUUGGAAGGCAGGAACCCUCUUCCUCGUUUUGGGUCGGUUGCAGUAGAAAUUACUCCACUGAGUGGCUUUGGAAAAGACCAACACAUCUCAACAGCAGCAAGGAUGGUACGAACAAUUCUGCGAUUUGAAAAUACACGAAGAGCAAACAAACUACACCCCGAAUUAUGGGAGAUUAAACCGCACUUGGAGAAUGUUUUAAAUCAGUUGCAGAACAGUCCCAAGCCAGUAAUGUAUGAAGGGAAAAGAGGUCUACCUAUGAGCAUGGACAAUUAUUCAUUGCUGUUUAAUUCUUGCCAAAUUCCAAAAGUCGGAAAGGACGAAGUGAGAAAAUACGAGAACAGCAAUCAUAUUGUAGUGAUGCGCAACGGUCACAUUUAUACGGCGGAUGUUAUUGACGAAGAUGGUCGCUUAGCAUCCACCCGUCAGAUACACCAACAGCUACAGGAGAUAGUCAAUGAGACAAAUUCUCCUGCUGACAUUCCGGUUGCAGUACUGACGACUACAGAACGAGACGACUGUGCCAAAUCUAUGGAAAUGCUGAGAGAGAAAAACCCAAAAUUGUUAAAUUUAAUUGAAAGCGCAAUCUUUGUUUUGAGCUUGGAUGAUAACGAAGCUGAUACAAAGAAAGAGAUUAUGGAAGCACUUCAAUUUGGCGAUGGAGGAAACAGGUGGUUUGGCAAAAGCGCCCUCGCAAUUGUUGGAAAGUCUGGAUACAUAGGAAUAGUAACGACGGACUACUGUGGAGACGGUAAAGUAUUCUUUCGCUUGGCUGGCGAACUUAUUACCAAUAUGUCGCAAGCGACACUUCUCGAAGAUGAGUCACGUGAUUUUGCCCGGAGUAGCAUUUCUCGCCUUGACUUUAAUCUUGAUUCUAAUCUUGUGUCUAAAGUGAACGAGGCACAAAAGAAGUUUGUCUUACUCAGGAGUGACAUGCCAUUUCAACAAGUGAUCUGUGACGACUUUGACUAUGCUCUCAUUAAAAAGAGGAAACUGAGUCCGGACUUUAUUGUAAAACUAACAGCUCAGCUUGCUUUUUAUACAAUGCGCAUGCGUUUUCCAGUUGCUACUGAUGUUGCAAGUACUGCAUUCUACAAAGACGGUCAGUCUGCAGAGUCACUGAUAGUCACUCAAGAUUCUGCCGCUUUCGUCAACGCUGCAGUGGCUAAUGAAAGGGUCAGUGACAAAGGGCGUUUGUUUGACUUGCUGACUGCGGCCUCUCGUACUAACCAAAUGAGGAUAUUUGAUACCAUGCAAGGGAAAUCGUUUAGUUACCAUUUUCUAACUCUGGAGUAUCUAGCUGAAGAGCUUGGCGAGAAAAUACCAUUGUUUGAAAGCAAAUUAUACAGGAAGGCAAAAAAGAUAGACUUUAUAAUGUACCCAAUGUAUUCAGACGUUGAAUUUGCCUAUUUGCCAUAUACUAAUGUUGAACACGGUUCGUCGUGGGAGGUCUCUUAUGUGAUCGGUCCAAAUUCUGGCAAGCUGAACGUUAUAUGUUGCUCUGUUGACGCUGGUGAGUAUCUGUCGCACAUCAAAUCGAGUCUGAGUACGAUUAUGGAUGUCGUGAAGAAUGGAGCGCAGUAAACAUUAACUUGAAUUGCGACGUAUACUGCUGAGUAACAAUAGCGCGAGUAGUCUAGUACAAGGUGCUAUUCUAGUACACACACACGCGCGCGCGCGUUUAUGAUGAUAGAAUUGUAAUUUAAAACUUCGAGCGUUUCAAGGUUGAGUGUUGCUGCACGUAAAUGGCUUUAUACUUCUUAUGCUUG